UGCAAACAAAACAAAGUUUUUUUUUCUGCUCCAAAGUUUAGAAUCCGGAACAAUUCCGUAGAAAAUUGUCGCUAAAAUGUAUCCAAAACAUUAUCAAAGGUGCUGCCGUCUGUGUCUGGGCACUUCCAAGAAGCAGCUAGAAAUCUUCGCCGUUCCAGAACUUUCGAAAAUGCUUCAAAUGCUGUACAAGUUGGAGAUUACCCCGAUGGACGAUGUCAGCACCACCGUCUGCGUCGACUGUUAUUACGAGGCAAAGGUGUUCAGCAACUGGUUGCGAGUUCAUCGGAAGCUGAAACAGCAGUCCGAGCAGUACCAAGCGAUUUUCGAAAAGCAACUGAAGGUAACGGAACCGAUCGAAAAGGUCUUCGGCAUCAACUGGAAGACCAACAGCCUUCUGAAGAACCACCUUAGCCAGCAGCAUCAGAUACGGCAGGAACUACUCAACUGGGACCAACGGAUCGCUAGCGCAGCGGAAAAUGAUCCGGCAAGAUGCGAACUCUGCUCCGGUGUCUUUCCGGACGCAAGAUCCCUUCGUCAUCACAAACUCAACGUCCACAAGAUCGGCCUUGGUCAGCCGUCGAAUCCCGUCCCAGAGAGGCAACCGAUGAAGAGGGUGCAUCGUUCCCGGUCGACUCGAGCUAUGGAGAAUUACCCGGAACCAACGGGACGGAUCACAAGGCGAAGCAAAUCCAUUGCCUGCCCGGUGGAACUGCUGCAGUCGUUGAGUCAGCCCCCGGCGUGUCGGACUCGUUCCAAGAGCCAAGAUGUGGAAAAGUUGCUGGCGGAAGCAGCAACAAAAGAUGUUCCCCACAGGUUCUUUUGCGACAUUUGUGGCCACGGAUUCGCAUCGAAGUAUCGUGUCGUUCGACACAAGAAAAAGGAGCACAAAACUCCGAACUCCAUAACUCAUGUACAAGGCAGUUUGAACGGGCCUGAUUCCGCACCUUGAACAAUACAGAACCGGAUUCAGCUAGAGGACCCCAACGGAAGCGUUCGACGAUGAGUUGGUGAAGAUUUUUUUUACUUUAUUUUUAUUUGUUACGCUGCUUU